CAAACACAAACAUAUUGGAGAUAAUGAAUGCAAUGGAAAAUAUUUGCUGCAUAUAUCGAGGUCGAGGUUCAGUAACAUUUUCUUUUCUUCUUGUUUAUUCCAUGCCAUUUUAAUCAUAAUUAACGUUAUUAUUCGUGAAAGAAUCACGGUUUGUAAGAUUUGUUAUCCAGGCACGCCCAAGCAUUAAACACUGUUGUUGUUGUUGGAAAAAAUUGGAAUUCAUUCGAAUUCGAACGUUUGACCAUCGAUGGUCAAGAAAUAUCAUAUCGAUUUCUCUUUUUCAUUCAUUGCUAAAACAACAACCACAACAAAGACAAAGACAAUGAUCGAUACAUUUGAACAUCGAUUGUUUCGAUUAUCAUCGAUAAAACAUACUUUAUUAGUGGUUUAUCUAGUGUUUAUUAUGAUUUUAGUCAUUUCGAUUAUAACAUCUGUUGUAUUGCAUGGUAUCAAUCCAAUUAUGUUCUUAUUGACUGUAUUCGAUCUAAAUUCGGUCAUACAAUUGAGUAAAACAUUGAUAAAUCCACCAACAAGUCAUCCGAUGGCCCGUGAUAAUGUAACGAUAACGGAAGUAGCCUAUAUUGUCAUCAAUCGACCAUCCGGCGAAUUUAUAUUUGCAGCACUGAUAUUAUACAUAACAGCAAUAUUUAAUCAACUGAUUGCAAUCGUUUCGAUCAUACGUCGUCAUUUAUGCGUAUUGGUUUUCACAUUGAUCACAAAUGUGUUGAUAUUUUGUAUUUCGGUCAACUUUGUAAAAACAAAUUUGUUUUUAUUGUUAAUGGUUGUUAUAUUGUUGACAAUUUUAUAUACGAUCAUGUUGAAACAGAUCAAAACAGCAGUAGGUCACCAUCCUCAUCAUCCACAUCAUCACAAUCAAAAUCAUUAUUCAGCAAUUAGCCAUAAUCAAAAUGCACAACAUCAACAUCAAAGAAGAUCGCCAUCAUCAACACUGAAUCAAAAUUAUUCUGGCGGAAUAAACCCAGUUGAUUCAAGUCCAGUAUAUCAAAGUCAUCAUCAUCAUCAUCAUACACAAUCACCACAGACACCAUUAACCACCACCACCACCACCGCUACAGAUCCAAAAAUAUUGGCACCAAUCAUUUAUUGUCCACAUUAUUCUGAAAGUGUUUGUUAAGCAAAAAAGAAAACAAUAAUUGAUUGUAUUGAAUUUUUAUUCGAUUUUUAUGAUCAUUGUAGCUAAAUAUAUUAAAAAAGAUGUUGCAAUUUGGAAACUUAUUGGAGAUGUUGGCCACAAAGUGUUGGUUUUGUUGAAAAAUUUAAAUUUCGAUUAUAA